AUGCAGAUGCUUCUCAGGGCCCUGGCCCUUGUCUCCCCCGUUAUCGCCAUAUCGGCACCACUGCACCCAUUCGACCUGGAGAAGAGCUCAGAUGGCAUCACCUACCAGCUCAAAGACGUUGCCUACUUUGCCAAUGUCAAAUAUCCCACGCGUCGCUGGACCGUUCCUGGCCUGGAGCCCGACAAGGAUCUGAGCCUCCUGACGGCCGUCGUGACGAACCAGAGUGUUCUCACAGGCGAUCACCUGGAGGACCUGCUCACGAGCUACCUCCAGUCCGACGAUGUCAUGACCGAGGACUUCCUGCAGGCCAUCUACCUAUCGUCGAGCGCGUCUUCCGCGAGGCUGGACGCCUCUGCUAUCGACUAUCUUGAGCACAUCCACUGCGCCUUGGUCUUCCUGGAUAUCAACUUCCGCCAGCCCGUCCUGCGAGACAACUACCACCGGAUUGCCACCCGCGACACGGAGCCACUCCCUCCCGGUCCAUACACAGCCAGGCUGUCACCGCAUGGCCUCCAUCUCUUCGACACAUACCGCCUCCUGUCUGCCUUCUCCCCCGGUCGCUGGGGUGCCCUGAUCCCCGUCCCUAGUCGGAUCCACGCGCGCCACGAUCCUCGCCCCCUAGCCGGUCGGCGCGUCGCCAUCAAGGACCUCUUCGACCUCCAGGGCACACAGACCUCCGCCGGCAGCCAGGCCUGGAUCGAGAUCACCCCGGUCGCCACGUCCACAGCCCCAGCCAUGCAGCGCCUGAUCGACCUUGGCGCCGUGCUUGUAGGCAAGUUCAAGCCGGGACAGUUCGCCUCGGGCAUCGACCCCUGGAACUGGACCGACCUGCACGCGCCCUUCAACCCCCGCGGCGACGGCUACCUGACCUGCUCGGGGUCCUCGUCCGGUGGCGGCUGCGCGAUCGCUGCCUACGACUGGCUCGACGCCGCGAUCGGCACCGACACGGCCGUCUCCAUGCGCCGCCCGGCCGCCGUGUCGGGAACCUAUGGCAACCGACCCAGCCAGGGUAUGAUCUCAAUGGAAGGUGUCGUCCCCCUGAACUGGGCCCAGGACACGGCUGGCGUGUUCGCCCGCGACCCGACGGAGUGGGCACGCUUCGCCAAAGCUUGGUACACGCCGCAGCUGCAUCAGAACCCGUCCAUCACGGGAUUGCCCCCGCUGUCCGUUCGGGACACGAGGGCAUUCCCGCGCCGGCUACUCUACCUCUCUGAGUACUUCCCGCUGGUAAACCCUGCCGCGCAGACCCUCGUCGAGACGGCGCUGGCGCGCGUAGCGACUCGAUUCAACCUCACGGUCGGACAUCUCCACCUCACCAACACCGUCGCCAACGCGUCCAUCUUCCCCGGGGUAUUGGGUCUGGCCACAUGGGAGACCGUGUUCAACGCUUCGUCGACCAUGUCCGUCUGGCCGCAGUGGGUGGACGUGGUCACACCGCUGGUGUCGACCUGGGCGCGGCGCCACGACGGCCGCUACCCUCCGGUUGAUCCGGCCUGGCGGCAGCAGUGGCACACCUUCGACCCGACCGUCACAACGCAGACGGCCUAUGAAGCGGCGCGGCAGGUACGCGCCCGGAUGGCCGCAUGGUUCGAGCAACACAUCCUGUACGAGACGCGCGAGACUUGCUCCGAGUCCAUCCUAGUGUGUGACAUCAGCACCGGGGGUCUCCCCAGCUUUCGGGAAGAGGCUCUCAACGACGGGCCGAAUGCGACGCGCUUCGGGCGGAUCCCGGACGGCGCAGUGACAACGUGUGGGCUACUGUGCGCUAUUUUCGGAUGUGUCGACGUCACGAUCCCCAUUGGACAGGUUCCAUAUGAGUCCCCAGUAACGGGGGUGCAGGAGCAGUGGCCGGUGACGAUAAACCUGCUGGUGCGACGGGGGUGCGACUUCAUGUUGUUCAAUAUGAUUGAAGAGAUGCACAAGGCUGAGAUCCUGCGGGGGGUCCAGACUGGGCGAGUGGCGUUCUAG